UAAUUUGUUGCCUGUUGGAAUGGGUUUUAUUUGAUUUGAGAGUUCAUAUUUUCGUAAGUCGAUUAAUUGUGAAUGUCAUAAUAUUUAUUUUAACUGAAAAUUAUCUCACCAUGUUCAGUUUCAACUAUCAAAAGAGCCGGCAAAUCCGCAUUGGAUCAAUUUAAUAUUCUUUACUUGAAAUGUCAUAAAGUGCCGGCAGUCUGCAAUUUUUAGAAUCUUAAUAAUAUGCUAAGAUUAGAUAUUUAUUUAAGGGUUUCAAGUUUUCAAUUCAGUCGUUGUUAAGAAAUUAAUAAUGGGCAUACAAGACUUACAAACAUUUUUAGAAAGUGAAGGUGUAGGUGUUGAUCUCUUUAAAAUUGCGAGAAACCAUUCUGGAGGUUUGCGCCUGGUUCUCGACGCCGAAGGUUGUUUGGAUCGUCUUUACGGUGGAUACUUCUCAGAUUGGGCAAGUGGUGGACAAUGGGCCCGAUGUGUACAGUUCUUAACAACACUAGCACAAGCUUUGGCUGAAUUUCAAGUAUCACUUUGUGUUUGUUUUAAUGGAUCUCAUCCUACGCCUCCUGCAUUACCCCAACAUUGGAUCCAGACUCAAACCAUAUAUAAGCAAAGAGUGAAUUCAGUUUUGCACCAUAUUACCACUAAAGGUACUCCACCACCUAAAGUAUGGUGGGUACCACCUACUGGACUGCAUUCAUGUUUACGAACCGCACUUAGGUACCUCAAUAUCCCAAUUAUGGUGUCUUCUGAUGAUCACUGUCAGGAAGUUGUUGGUUUAUGUCGUGAAAAAUCAUAUGCUGGCCUCGUUGGAUGCUCUGGAGAGUAUUUAGUGUUUCAACCACCUAGAUACUUUAGUUCAUCUUUGUUGAAACUAACAUAUAGAUCUUCACUAGAAACUAAAGAAUAUAUGGUCCAUGAUUUGCCACAAGUACUUAAUGUACCUCAAGAUCGUCUUUGCCUCAUGGCUGCAUUACUUGGAGGAGUCAUUCUUUCAGAACAAAGCUUGACAGAUUUCUAUAAACGCCUUGGAUUAGUGCCCAAAAAGCAAGUUCCUCCAGAGAUACAAAUAAAAACAAUUUGUCAGUAUGUAAGUGAAUUACCAACUUCUGAUGUUGAUGCAGUCUGCAUAGAUAUAUUUGGAGAUCUGAAUGACCUACGCGCUGCAAAACUUAAACAAGCCGUACAGUAUUAUCUAAACGGUACAAAGGAUGGUUUCUUAAAAUAUAAAACAGCUACAGGUCGUCGUUCAAAAAAUAAAAAGAAUCUCCAAAGACAAGAAUUCAACAUGCAGCCUGUUACUCUGGAUCUAGAUACAUCAAAAUUAGCGACUGAAUCGUCAGAACAUGAGCAAAAAGGCUUGGAAGAUUACAAAUUGGCUACAGCAAAUGCAUCAAUGAGUGCUGACUUUAGUAUGGAGAAACAAACUAAUGACUUACAUCAUGGAUUCGCAUCUCUAUCACUUGAAGCUGGUGUUAUGUCAUCUACUAAGCAACAAAAACAGAAUAUUAUCAAAAAAAAGGCUGAAAAACCACAAUCUGCAAUUAAAGAGGGGCGACAAGCUACAAAACAAGUCCAAAGUGAUGACAACUGCCCUCCAGCACCGGCAGAAGUAUUGCGGACCUGUGCGGAACGUCACACCAGGGGCCUCAUGCAUCCUCAACUUCUAUCUAUCCUUACACAUCGUCAAGUGACUUUACCUGUGCUUAUGGAGGAUGAGAAUCAUAGAGAAAUUCCUUCAAUUCAUCAUUUCUUUAGACCAAUUCGACAGAAUGUAUAUGCUAUUCUGUACAAUAUGCAUCAUCAUCGCUUUAUGGCCCACAAAAUUAAAGAUGAUAGAUCGAGUGGCUCUAAUGAUCGUCCAUGCACAGUUUUGAUAGCAGAAUGGAUAUACACCCGCACAAAUCCUGGCAAGAAUCCAGAGAUUGUUCCAGGUGUUUUACUGGAUUGGCCUGUGCCAACUGUACAGAGGCUCUGGUUUGGAACUGCUCCGGAUGAUAAAUGCCGUAGAAUGAGAGCAUAUCUUUCCUGUAUGCGCUCAGAUACUCCUCUGAUGUUGAAUACUACUUAUGUGCCCCAGCACUUGCUCAUACUGGCAACUGUAUUGAGAUUUAUAAUGACAUCUCCAAUUCAAAUACUACGAAGGCAAGAGCUGGAUGCAUUUUUAGCUACUGCAUUUUCGACAGAUCUUAUGAAUGCACUACAUUUGCAAGAAAUGAAUAUCAAUGCUAUCAGUUCCCGGGGCGUACAAUUAGGCGCGCUGGUGAUGGCGGGCGUGGAGGCGGCGCUCGUGGCUAAUGACGCUUGCGGUGCUCCUGUACCAUGGCUCGUAGCUUCACCCUGGCUCUACUUCGAUGGCAAGCUGCUGCAGCGAAACCUCCAUCGCGCAGCACACUGCAAACAUCUUCCUCAGCUUUGCGAUAACAACCUCGACAUCGUCGUCAAGGUUGAGCGCAUGCGAAAGGCGAUCUUGGAAGGUCUGGAGGUGGAGUUCGCGAUGGCGCCGCUGCCGCUCGUGGCGGGCGUGCUAGGGAGCGACGGGGGCACGUGGGGCGCGAGGGGGCGGGGCCGCGGCGGCCGGCUUGAGAUCGCGGGCGUUGUCGUCGGACAGUGGGGCGGCGGCAGCUAUCCCGCACGCGCUCCGCCCAGAUACCAACAGAUGAGCGCGCACACUGUGGGCUACGUUGGAUACACGCCUCCGACUCGGAACUCGUACGGAGGUCGCGGGUGGCGCGGAGCACGCGGGGGUCGCGGCCGGGGACACGCGCGCCCCUCGCGCCGCCCCCGCCGGGACCCGAACGAGCCCGCCAAACCAGCCACUAUUGCCGUUAAUGGGAAAACCGUUCGCCCGGACGAAGUUCACCACCAGUCAGGUGAAUCAAGUCCUCAAGAUGAAAAUACUGCUCAAGAAGGUGAAGCAGAAGGAACACCCACUCCUAAACCUAAAACUGGCAAGAAUCUGAAGAAAAAUGCAGGAAAGGGGAAAAAAAGGAUCAAUAAACCGGAAGGCUUGCAAGGAGCAUCAGAGGCUAAUGGACCGCUUGAUAAAAAUAAGGUGGCAGAGCAAGGCCACAGUUCCGACAAGGAACACAUAGGGCAAGGUGAUGCACCAGUCUCAAAUUAAAUGUCCAUGUCUGAAGGUAACUUUUAAAAAUAUUUGUUAGCAAUCUUAUUCAGUUUCAUUUUAUUUUACUUCGAUUUGAUGGCUUAUUUUUAGUAUUAGUUCCUUAAUUUUGGACAGCAAUGAGGAAAGCUGUCAUUUUUUUUUCAUAAUCUACAAACAAAACAUAAAGUUGUUUUCAAUUUAUUUGGUAUUCUUGUUUGUUGAAAUUAUUAAUCUUAUAUUUUGUUGCUUUUUAUUUAAAAUAUUCUUUUUUUUUUACUUAUUACUCAAAACAAAUCGUGAAUUUAUCAUUGGAAAACGAAUGACAAUGAAAAUUGUAUUGACACGAAAUGGAGUCAUUAUUAUCUUUGAAUCAUGCGAAAAUGUAUACAGGAUUCAAUGUUUUAUGCAUAAUAAAAUUUCGAUAAUUGAUUUGUAUAAAGCGCAAUAACUAUGUUCGUUUAGUUGUUGCUUGGUCUCAUCAAUAAUGAAUGAUGCUAUAUUAUUAAGUAUUAAUUACGUGCCUGAACAUCUUAAAGACUUCCCUAAUGUGAGACUGAUUUUGUAUUACUUUUAAUUGACAAAAUUUUGUUCAAUUAACGAUAAUAUUAAAGCCAAGACCAGACUUCUAGCGAGACGAUAUGCCUCGACGAAUCCCCUACUAUGACGAAAUCUCUGGCUAACAAUACAUUUGUAUUAACAAGCAAAUAACUACGUUUUAAUGGUUUGAGAUCAACAACCAGAGUUAAUCUUGCAUUUUAUUGACAAAAAAAUGACAUUUGUGACACUGAUAUUAUUUAGUACAUAGAGUUAUGUAUUGAUAAACUGACCUGUUGAUUGUUAAUUCUCAUGAAAACUGAGAUGACUUAGUAUUUACCAUAAUAUUGUUUAUUUAAAUCUGGAUGACAACAGAGUCGUUAUUAUUUAUUUACACAUAGUAUAUUUACAAUUUACCAAAUUAUUUUAUUUAUAAGAGUAAGGUUUGGUCUAUGAAAUCCACAUAAAUUAAUUAAUUUUUAAAAUAGUACAUGCUUUCUGUAUGCGUUGAUAGGGUAUGAUUUGAACUAAAGACAUGUGACAUCAUUGAACGGGUUGCAUAUACUAAACCUUCAUUUUCAGACUUGUUUUUGGAAUUUCGUGAAAGGCAUUUUUUACGCCUUUCAGGUGUUUAAAAUUUUACGAAUGAAUACCGUCAAAUCAGUCUGAUACAAUCGAUAUAUAAAUUGAGUAAAUAAAAAAUAUACACGCGUUCUUCCAACAGCUUACGCGAUCGAGUGUGCCUGUGUGAUACCAGUUAGUGAUAUGGAUGUUGUUUGGAUUGUUGUUAAAGGUUGGGAAGACGAUGUUAGGACGAAAGAUACGGUUACUGUUAGUUUCGCAUUUCUAAAAGAUUUUUGGUGCUUCGAUAUCUUUAGGUACUGCCUGAAACGAGUCUGAAACUCAUAGAUUUAAGUCUAACGAUACAUGUUUAAAUAAUUGUGAGCAUUCGCAUUAUGUGUUCCCGUGUCCUAUAGGGUAUUAUUUCAAUAGGAAAUCUUAGAUUUGUUAGUGAUAUAUUUAUAUGCAUUUUUUGGGAAUAUUAAUAGUGCGAAUGCUCAUUCAUUUAUAUGUAUUUUUGUAAAAUUGUUAUAUUGUUAUACUUAAAUUUAGCUGGAAUGACUUACACAAAUAGAGACGAGUCUAACUACUCGAUUGACAAAACAUCUGUCACAAUUUAUUAACAUAGUUUACAUUCCAUAUCCAAUAAACGAAUCUACGAAGAUAAUUGGACAGUGUACGUCAAACGAGAAUGGAACUAAAUGAAGACUAUACAAUUUUGAAAGCUUUGUACCCUGGCCGAAACGUGAAAAUAUGUUGCUAAUAUACACAUAUAAAAUUUGAUUUUAAUCAAACGAUGAUUACAACUUUGAGUGCGAACGCACAUUUGUGAAAAGCAGCCGCGACGCUGUUCCAAGCGACCAAUAUUGCAAUUAUUAAAGUAAAUGCAUGUGACUUUGUGAGCCACAAUAAGUGGCGAGAAGCGACGGUCACGUAUAAGUGCGCCGCUCGUCUUCUGAUCGAGAGUGUAAUUAAACACUAUAGCUAAGUAAUGGCGAGCCGUCGCCUUAUGCGACGAGCCCAGUAUACUAUACAAUAUAAACCUAUAUUAUUGCUUUCUUAAAUAAAACACGAUAAUAGUCUUUAGAAUUUUAACUCUUUUUAUUUUAUUUUAUUUGUUUAAGAAUUGUGUAAGAUGGGCAUACAUUAUUAUUAAGUGACCUCACGAUUAGGCCGUUUACUCUUAUUAUAUUAAAGUUUCAUAUCAACGUAUGGAUUAAAAGAGAGCCUGAAUUAGUGAGUAACUUAAUGCCUAUAACUUUCUUUGACAAUAUUGCAUGCUGUUCACAUUUACCUAUUGCAUAUUUUAUUCUCGAAACAAUUCGAAGGUGUAGUUUUUUUUGUCUAUUAAUGUUCGCUAUAGUUUUAGAUUACCCAACAAUAUAAGAUACUUCAAAAAGUAACAAUAACCACAUUUUAAACUUUUUUGCUGACAAUGGUCCUUUUUAAUAUUACUAUAAAAAUAAUGUAAUCAAACACAAUUUAGAAUACUUCUCAUGUAAUGCAUACAUAUUUUUCGUAAUGAUGUAGCAAACAUGGAACUGUGGCUUUUUGAAAACACUUAUAACUUAUAAUAUGGUAACUUAUGUGUAAAUCUUGCUAUGUUGAUAAAAUUCAAGUGUUCAUAACUGUAAUUUGCAUGAACAAAAAAGUAUUUGAUGGAUUUAAAUUGUAAAGAGUUGUAUUUGUCUUCAAAUAAAACGUUCCAUUAUUAAA